UCUCACGCUGAUGCACUCGUACACUUCUUGCUUUAGAGCCACUUUUCUCUUUCAUUUUCAAACUGUCGCAGUUGUCUAUUGUACAGCUGUUUGUGAUGGUUGCUCUGAUGUUGUACUUUAUAAGGCUGACUUUUUUUUAAAUCCAAAUUUGGACUUUUACCGACUCUGUGAACUUUUAUUGUUUCAGCAUUGAGGGAAAUGUAUUUUUUGUAGAGAACAUGUUGACUUCAUUAAGAGGUCCUCGUUUGUGGAAGCAUGGGAAGCCCGGGCUGAAGUUUGAGUGCGGCCAAACGAUCCUCCUGAGGCGAGAAAUUGUCUGAGUGGGCGAAUAAUGGACGGCAACCUAAGCGCAUCAGCUGCUUUGAGGAACAACACGGCCCCCUACCACCCGGCGGCGGGAUCCUGGAUCCUCCUCGUACUGGUCGCUGUCAUCAUCAUCAUCGUGGUGGGAAACCUGCUGGUCAUCAUCGCUGUAGCUUCUACUUCCCAGCUCCAAACAACGACAAACAUUUUCAUCAUGUCACUGGCGUGCGCUGACCUCAUCAUGGGCGUCCUGGUGGUGCCCCUGGGGGCCACCAUUGUGCUGACGGGCAACUGGCAGCUCGAUGAAACCUUGUGUGAUUUCUGGACUUCAGUGGAUGUCUUGUGUGUGACGGCGAGCAUAGAAACUCUCUGUGUGAUAGCGGUGGACCGCUACAUAGCAAUUACGAGGCCGCUCCGACACCAAGUUUUACUGUGUAAGUGGCGUGCCAGGGCGAUCGUUUGCUUGGUGUGGCUUGUUUCCGCCUUAAUCUCCUUUGUGCCAAUUAUGAAAGGAUACUGGCGCGCAGACGAUGAAUACGAAGCCAGAAUCUGCUACGAUGACCCUGCUUGCUGUGACUUUGUCACCAACCGGGCUUAUGCCAUCGUAUCUUCCACAGUGUCUUUUUACAUUCCUCUCUUUAUCAUGAUCUUUGUGUAUGCAAAGGUCUUCUUAAUAGCGAGACGGCAGGUGCAGCUCAUUGAUAAAAGCAGAAUGCGUUUCAAGCAUGAGUGUUCAACAACGCAAAUGCAAGUGGUCAAUCCAGCCCUCCAGUCGGUGUGCAUGAACCAGGGUAUGUGCAACAGUGGAAUGGGGCGGAAAGGCAUCAAGCGAAGACCAUCGCGGUUAUUGCUUGUGAAAGAACACAAGGCCCUAAAAACUUUGGGUAUCAUCAUGGGGACGUUUACGAUAUGCUGGUUGCCGUUUUUUGUUGCCAACAUCAUCAACGCUUUUGACCGGAGCGUUCCGUCGGAGAGGAUCUUCAGACUCUUAAACUGGCUGGGUUAUGUCAACUCUGGCCUCAACCCCAUCAUCUACUGCCGAAGCCCGGAGUUCCGCGCUGCCUUCAAGAACCUUCUGGGCUGUCCAUGGCUGUCCACCCUGUGGCUCAACACAUUCUAUAAAGAAGUGCAGACUCGCUGCUCCUGCUUUCAAUGGCGGGCCGAGUCGGGCCUGGCAGGUUCUUUCCAGAAAACUCCAACUGGUAGCGUGGCCAGUACUCGAGGGAACAAGAGCGAAGAGGCUUCCCCAGUUACUCUCCAGUCCAACGGCAGCACACAGAUCAAUGAUGUAUCACAACCAGACGCCAGAUUCUUCACACUGCAGGAAAAGGAAGGAUGAAGAUGACCACGCGUCAUACUACUGAAGCCAUUACUGUGAAUCCCAGCAGCCACCGAGGAGCCUCGGCAGUGGAUCACGAGCUCCAGCACUCAAGUGGCGGGACUGACUCAUGAGAAAACGAUUUGCUGUGGCUGCUCCCACGCAGCGUCAUUAGCAUGAAACUUUACACUGACCGAAUUUGAAUAUGUACUUACAAAUCAUGAUUUACAUCCAAACUGAUAGGCUUCUGCUUGUGGUUUCAAAUUGUAAAAAUAAUAAUAAUAAUAGCACAAUAUGAUAAAUAAUUUAUCUAUUUAUGAUACGUAGAAUCUUUUGCAAAAUAUGCUGCCUAAUUUAAUAAACUCUUUUCACAGUCAAUCAAUGAAUAUUAAUUGCAUAAAUAUGAAAAGGCUGGGCGGCCCGGUGAGCUAGUGGUUACCGUGUCGACCUCACCGCGCAGAGGUACCGGGCUCAAUUCCAGCUCUGGCCUCCCUGUGUGACGUUUGCAUGUUCUCCCCGGGCCUGCAUGGGUUUUCUCCGGGUACUCCGGUUUUCUCCCACAUUUCAAAAACACACACGGCAGGCUGAUUGAGAACAUUAAAAUUGUCCCAAUGUGUGAGUGUGUGUGCAGAUGGUUGUUCAUCUGUGUGUGCCUUGCGAUUGGCUGUCAACCGGUUCAAGGUGACCCCUGCCUACUACCUGAAGACGGCUGGGCUAGGCUCCAGACCACCCCCCCCCCCACCUCCGCCCCACCCGCGACCCUUGUGAGGUUAAGUGGAUCGGAAAAUGGAUGAAUGGAUCGAUGAAAGGGCUGUCCUGUGAAAUCACUUCUGAUUUGUCUUUUCAGCAUUCAUCUUUCUAGUAAGAUUUUGAACUCGUCAUGUAGUUAUCAUAUCUAAAUCCUGACAAUAAAUGAAAAAAAAUAAGUCAUUUAAAUCAGCCUUUUUCAAUUUGCUGCCCACUCAAACCCUCUAUUAGCCAGGACAUACAAGUAAAUUCCUAUCAGCAGUUUUUCAUCAAUUUGCAAUAACAGAUGACAAACCGCAUGUAAAAUGUCAUGAAUUGCAGCAUUAGCAAAUAUAUAUAUACUUUUGAUAACCAUUUUAAGGACAACUUCUGAAGGAGCUGCCUUGCGAGGUGCAUAGCAAAGCGCAGCAUAUCAAGCACUGUAUUGGCCAAUACAUCUUCACCAAAGUACACAGAGAUACUCUCAUGUCAUGUCGCCAUACCACAAACUGUUCAGCAUUCACAGCGCAUUAAUUUUGUCUUGCCACAGUUUAAUCACACAACACAACCCAUCGAUUUUUUUGUCAGAAUCAAACUUCUUUGUGUGUUUUAAGCAUGUGAUCAUGCCAUCGUUGUCGUGCACUGAGAAAUAAAAAUAGAAAUGCAAACCAUUUGUUGCAUGUGUGCUCCCUGCAGACCCACCACACAGGCCGUCUCCUGUCUGUCGAGAAAGAAAAAAAAAGGCCCAA